CAUAAUGGGUUUUUUUAUUACAAUAUCCAAAAAACUGGGUAUGCAAGUGUAGGGGACCUCAAGGCCCCUUCUUCAGUCGUAGGAAUGUGCCACCUCGAGACUGUAUAUUUAAACUAGAAAGAAGUUCAAAUGGAAAGGGAAAAGAAAAUGCGAUUUCUCCACAAACGUUCUGUGCCCCUUACUACCAAUCACAUAUUCUUCUGUAAACCCUGAAAAAUUUCCCUGUAAAGCAAAUAAUAUAUAUAUAUAUAUACUGUGUGUGUGUGUGUGUGUGUGUGUGUGUGUGUGUGUGUGUGUGUAUAAAGUGUUGGUAGCUCCCCUUCCCCAAAGAUCAGCUGUUUUCCUUAACUAUCUGUAUUAGUGUCAACGAACAGCUACAGAAACAUAUUUCUUUGAGAAUUAAAUAUAUAAUUGUGAAAUUCAAACAAGCCAAAGGGCAGAAAAGCACUAUGUGGAUGGCACAUCUGGGGGUAAAUGACCAAAACACCCGUCGUGCUGGGUCACCAGUUCCCUCUUUGCAGACUGACUUCCGGAAACUCUCUCUUUAUUGCAAGCACAGCCCCAAGGCACUGGGCAGGGUCCUCACCGCCCUCUCACCCGGUGGGUCCAGUAUUGCUAUCAGUGCCCGCGGUCACUCCCUGCAGAGUCUGAGAGCUGCCGAAGGACACGGAACAGGGAUGAGGGCUGCUGGGACCGGGGCCGCUGCGUCCACCGCCUGGCACGCUGAGGAGCCGGGAGCCCGGGGCGCCACCUUGGGAGUGCGCUGGAGCGCGCCCCUCCAUGCGACGGCAGCUUUGGGGUGCUCGUCCCAGGUGUUCCAUGAGCAUGGACGAUGUGGGCGGACAAGCACUGUUUCCGACCGAAAUGGAGCAAGGGAACAGCCUCACCCUCGCCCCCUACCCUUGCGCUCAGCCUGGCUGGGCCUGAGUGUGGGUGUGAGGGCCUGGAGGGCUGGUGGGGACCGGAGCGACCAGCGGCCUGAACAGAAAGAGAGGCUGGGCAGAGGAAGCCCGUCAGGCCGCACCCGGUGGGCACGGCCCCUGCCGAGCGUGGCACGUGGCUGCUGCCCUGGGCCCCCGGCUCUGGGGGAGCGUGGUGGCCCUGAGGGCCUGGGGCUGGUGGCCUGGUGUCACUGCAGGGCUCUGACGAGGUAGAGCUUCUCCCCAUGCUCGCUGGUGAAGAUGGGCGCCUUCUUGUAGUGUUCCACCAGCUCGUCCAUGGUGUGGAACCGCCUCUGCCCAAUGCAGUAGACAUUGUCCACAAGCU